AUGACUGCGAACGUAAAAGGGGCAGCUGAUUCAUCGCAUCUUAUGGCCUGUGACAGUGAUGCCAUUAAAGUGUUUGUGCGAGUGCGUCCUCUGACCCAGGGCAUGGGGCUCACCACAGACGGAGACCAGAGCCUGUGUCUCAGUGUCACUUCACCAAACACCAUUCGGCUUCUCUCCAAACCACAGCCACGGAUUUUCACUUACGAUCAUGUGGCAGAUAUGGACACCACUCAGGAGGCUGUCUUUUCCUGUGUGGCCAAGAACAUUGUUGAGUCCUGCAUGAAUGGAUAUAACGGCACUAUAUUUGCUUAUGGACAAACUGGCUCUGGAAAGACUUUCACAAUGCUUGGUCCAUCAGAGUUGGAUAACUUCACUGAUCAGUUGAGGGGAGUAAUACCGCGCAGUUUUGAAUAUCUGUUUUUUCUCAUUAACCGGGAAGUGGAAAGGUCGCAACAGUCCAAGAGUUUCCUAUGCAAAUGCUCGUUUAUAGAAAUAUACAAUGAACAGAUCUAUGAUCUCCUGGACACUGCCUCCGCGAGCCUCUUUGUCAGAGAGAAUAUCAAGAAGGGCGUGUUUGUUGAGGGAGCCGUGGAGAAAUUUGUCGUCUCGGCUGCAGAGGCCUACCAGGUCUUGUCUUUGGGAUGGCGGAACCGCAGAGUAGCCUCCACUUCCAUGAACCGCGAGUCGUCCCGGUCCCAUGCCGUCUUCACCAUGACGCUGGAGUCCAAAGAGUCGCUGAACGAGGUGGUGAACAUCCGCACGUCUCAGCUGAACCUGGUGGACCUGGCUGGAUCCGAGCGGCAGAAGGACACCCACACCGAAGGCUCCAGGCUCAAGGAGGCUAGCAGCAUCAACCGCUCCCUGAUGUGCCUGGGUCAGGUGAUCAUGGCUCUGGUCGACGUGUCCAAUGGAAAGAGUCGCCAUAUUUGCUACAGAGAUUCCAAGCUCACAUUUUUAUUAAGAGACUCUCUUGGUGGAAAUGCCAAAACGUACAUUAUAGCAAAUGUUCAUCCCGGUUCCAAGUGUUUUGGAGAAACCCUGUCCACUUUACAGUUUGCCCAAAGAGCAAAGUUGAUCAAGAACAAAGCCAUCAUUAAUGAAGACACUCAAGGAAAUGUAAGACAGUUGCAAGCUGAAGUGAAAAAGUUAAAGGAGCAGCUUGCAAUGGCACUAGUCUCAGGUGAUCCUCAGAGAGAUGCUGCCCCCGGAGGACCUCAACUUUCAAUCGCUGAGAAAAUGGGUGAAUCUCUGGACAGGAUCCACUACAAAUCUAAGUUUAUGGCUGCAGUUCGCCUUUGGAAGAGACGAGAAGAGGAGAAAAGGAUGCUGCAUGAGAAAGUAGCUCAACUUGAAGAAGCCUGGAAUCAGAAAGAGAAGUUUAUCCACUCAAGUCGCCUGAUUGUAAAGUUUCGAGAGGAUCACAUCUCACGGCUGGAGAAAAAAAUGAAAGCUGAGCAGAACGUAUUUACAAAUGAAGAGAGCCAAUCUGUCAUAGAUCAACUCAAAGAGGAAAUCAAGAUUUUAAGAAACCAGGUGGAACAUAACCCCAGGAUGACGCGAUUGUCUGCGGAGAACGCCAGUCUGCGGGAGGAGAACCACCAUCUGCGCUCCCUGGACUCGCUGCUUCAGCUGGAGACCGAAACGGCACAAAUGUCUGCUGAGCUGGACACAGCUUUUCAGAGAGCUCUGGAGGCUGAGAAAACCGAAAAUCUCGCAGCCUCAAUGGCGGUCGAUGUGGCAUCUGUCACAGCAAUCGAGAAACUUCAAAAUCAGCUGAGCCAGAAACAGGCAGAACUUGGAGGUGUAUUUCAGGCGUUUGAAGAGUAUAAGCAAAUCACCAAGAGACAACUAUCUCAGCUGGAGUCUGACAAGAGGUAUCUGGACAAAUCCAAUAGACACUUGGAGAACAUACUGGAAGCAACUAAUGCUUACAAAAAACAGGAGGUCACUGAACUCAAUAGAAUUCAUGUGGAAACUUUAAAGAUACUCACCACACCCACCAAAUCCUACAACUUGCGCUCUAGAGUUGUGCCCUUGUCCAGUCCUGAGCACCUGAAUGGUUUAGACAAUAAUGAAGAUAUAUGGAAUGAGCAUCCACCGACUGAAAUGACUGAGAUGGCUCUGACUGAGGAGCUGCGGCAAAUGCAGGACCAGGCUGGUCUUGUCCAGUCACAACUGGAUGAAGCAGAGCUUACCAACAGCAAACACCUAAAGGAAAUCUCCCGAUUGGAGGAACUGGUUGCUCUGCUGACGGAGGAGUGUAAAUGCAAAGAUGAGCUGGCAUGUUCUCAAAGAGCUGAUUGGACCAAGAAGCAACUUGACCUUCAGGAAACCAUCACAAGUUUACAACAGAGUCUCUCCACUGAACAGCAGACGGCAGAAAUCUUACAGAAUGAGAUCAGAGACCUGCGGCUUGUACUACAGUCUUCAGACAAAGAGCUGGUCGCUGUGAAGGAGCAGCUGAAGAAAAAUGAGGCUGAUCAGCAGAAAGAAGUGGAUCACCUGUCCAACAGUCUGAUCUGCACACAGCUGCAGCUGGAUAAAGUCCAACUGGAGUGGGAGCAGCUCCUAGAACAGCAUCGUGGUCUCCAGGACUGUUAUGACCAAACUCAAGCUGAGAGCAAGUUUGAAGCAGACCAGUACAAGCAGCAGCUUCACAGCUGCCAACAGGAGAAUAGAGAGUUGAAGAUACAGAUUACAGAUUUGGUUAAUACUCUGAAAUUGGAGCAAGAAAACACCACGGCUUUGAUGUCUCAGUUAAGAGAAAACAAAGACAAUACUUCAAAAGAACUAGUGGAAACGAUGGAGAUGAAUGUGCAGCUUAAAAAACAAGCCUCAGAGCUCAGCACAGAGAACCAGCAGCAGGCAUCCAAACUGUUGGCUCUUGAGCAAAGCUUAACUUCUUCCAGCAACACUAUAAAGAGCCUGGAGCAGAAGAUGGAACAUGACAAAGAUGUUGUGGUCGAUUUGAUAAACCAAACCAGAGAGCUCCGCUGUGAUAUUAAUAAAAAAUGCACUGCCAUUGCUCACCUCACUGAAGACCUAAAAGAAGUCACAGCAAAAUACAAUGGUGCGUGUCAGGAACGCGAGCUUUAUCGAGAGGAGAAGACCAGGUUUCAAAACGAACUUCUGGACCUGAAAGAGACAAUAGACCGGAGAGUAGCGUCGAACAAAAUUGAGGUGGAAGUGUUGCAGGAGGAAGUCGUCUAUGCCACAGAGGAGGUGGAAAGACUCACAAAGGUUCUAGAUGAGCAGAACUCGCUUCUUCACACGGCUCAGGAACUGGCGGCUCAGAAAGACGCCACUAUCCAACGCUUGGAGCAGAAGGUACAGCAACAGCAGGAAGCGGUUGAAAAGAGUGUCAGAAACUGCAUACCCCUGCCACAAAACCCAAUGUUGACUCCCAAAUCUGCGUGCCGGACUCCACGCACACCACUCAGCUUCAACAGAGAUCUGAGCCACGUUCUGGAGAGCCGAGAGAGGGAGCUGGAAAACCGCCGCUCCUCCAUGAUGACUAUGGAAAUCCUGCUGGCCGAGCUAAACUCUGAGAGGGCCGCAAAGAAUGAUGAGAUCCAAAGACUAAAGGCUCAAUUGGCUGAAAAAGAGUUGGUACAAUUGGAGAUUCAGGCGCUGGUGGAUCAGUUCUAUUGCAAGCAGAAUCAAGCCUUGGAUUCUAAUGGUGUGGAGUUGAGCGACGUUAUCAACAAGUCUAUACUCAAUGAGCUACAAGAUGUGAAAACUGAGAAGAACAUGAUACUGCAGAACCUGUCAGAAAUGCAGAAAAAACUGCAUGGUCAGGAGUCGAUGCUGGCACAGUCCCAGACCUGUGUCCAGGAGCUCACCUCUGAGCUGAGGAACCGCUGUUUGGAGCUGAGAGAGCUGAACCAGAGAGUGCAAGAUGAAGACAAACUUCUCCAAGAGAACGAGGUCCUUCGUAAGCAGAAUAUUAAACUGUCUGAGGAAAAUGGAAAACUUGUUGGCCACAAAAAUCAUAAACAAAGAAUUGAGUAUCUGGUGAAAUUGAAGAAGGACAACACCAAGCUUCAAGAGGAAAAUGAAACUCUGAGGUCAGAGCUCACUUUGCUACGAGAUAACAUUGGCUGUCUCCCAGCCCUGCCAGCAGAGCUAUUAUAA